AUCGCCGCAUCUGGUUAUCACCAUCAAUUUUCUAAAAAUCACGAAGCAACGACAUACUUUCGUAUCGAUAUAACACUAUCACUGAGCAAGAAUCGACACAUGAUAUCACACGGCAUUUUACAUGAGCUCCUACUCUGUACCCCGUACAAGGCGAGUCUAAAUCAAUACUCUAGUGGAAUGAAUCCGUACUCCAUACUUUGCGAACAAAUGAAGAUUCACUCCCAAAUCCACCGUAGACGCGCGCAAAAACCAAGACUAGAGCCGAUGCCGUGCGAUAGUCUCAGCCCAAGCUCCAGUAACCUUCAAAGUAGCCAAAUCUUUUGUGUUAUUUGCUUUAUUUUUCUUUGUUAUGAUGAUGAUGAUGUGCGGUGGCACUAUAAUAUAUACGAGAAUGAUGAACGAGAGGUGGAUUCAUUCGGUGAUUGAUUUGAAUCCCGCACAAUUCCGGCCAUACAAAUAGCCUAGCCCAUAUGCCAUAUGCAGUUGGGAUCCAGCUGUAGAAAUAUGUAUGUGUAGGACCAGGAUAAGGUCAGUGCUGCGACCAUUGCAUUUUUAGGAAAG